AUGGUCCAUCUCAAUGUCGCGCCUCCUCGCCGUGUUCAACUGCCAGCGGAUUUCAAGGUUGAGCUGACCGAAGGGGAAGACCGAUUAUGCACACUACUUGACGAAUGCACUCAGUAUCUGAAGGCGGAAAAAGGCAUCAGCACAUCGUGCCGGAUAGCAGGUGGCUGGGUACGAGAUAAAUUGCUUGGUUCCCAAAGCAAUGACAUAGAUAUUGCCCUAAUGGACAUGAUGGGAUAUCCUUUUGCUGAGCAUCUCGCCGCAUUCGCCAAUAGUCGUGGCAUCGAAACCGGAAGUAUCAGUAAAAUUGCACAGAAUCCUGAUCAGUCGAAACAUCUCGAAACGGCGACCCUGAAAAUACUAGGCCUGGAGCUCGACCUUGUCAACCUCAGGAGCGAGGAGUAUGCCACCAACAGUCGAAUACCUACCGGUGUGGCCUUCGGGACUCCUCUGCAAGAUGCCUUGCGACGUGAUAUCACUAUAAACGCACUGUUCUACAAUGUUCACAGUCGUUCCGUUGAAGAUUUCACGGGACGGGGCCUAGAUGAUCUCCGUCAAGGCACUAUUCGCACCCCUCUUCCGCCUCAGGAAACAUUUUUGGAUGAUCCCUUGCGCGCCUUGCGGUGCAUAAGGUUUGCCAGUAGAUUCGGCUUUGAAACAGUCCCAGAAGUUGGGGAGUGUCUUAAAAAGACACAAAUACAUAAUGCUCUUGUGUCGAAGGUGUCACGGGAACGCGUAGGAGAAGAAGUUUCGAAAAUGAUGAAAGGACACUCGCCUCUCCAUGCAAUUCAGCUUAUUAACGACUUUGAGCUUUACGACUCUAUAUUUUCUGCAGUACCGCGGGAAAUCAAACACGCUUUUUCUCGUACUCCUGAAAAGGUUAUACUGUCGUUACAGUGUACAGCCGUAUUGCGAGCUCUCAUAGAGCACCCCGAGUCGUCUCCUCUACCUCCUUUACACCGAACAUUACUAACGGCAGUAAAUAACGACGUGACCUGCAAAAGUCGAUUGUACCUUGCUUGUGCCAUCGCACCAUAUAUCGGUAUUACCUACGAAGAUAAGAAGAAGAAGACUUAUCCAGCCGCGUUCUCUGUCAUCCAUGAUUCGCUCAAAUUAGGGACACAAAAUCAUUACUCAGAUGGCAUACCUGCGCUUUUCGCUGCCUCAGAUCUCUUGAAGUCUCUGAGCUUAGAUGAUGAACGGUUCAAGACAAAGCCUGAGAGAGUGGCAAUUGGUAUGUUACUGCGUCAGAAGCCGAUUCACAAUCCGAGCACGGGGUCACACUGGACUAGCUCAAUACUGUUUUCUCUCGUACGAGAACUGGGGCCUCUGUAUGAUCCCUCGUCAGAUAUUAUAGACGCAGAGGAAGCCGAGAGAAUAAUAUAUAUCUACAAUAAGUUUCUAGCUCGAAUCGAAGAGCUUGACUUGUUGGGGGCUGCAGAUGCAAGGACGCUUCUAGAUGGACGAGACGUUGUGAAGAUCCUUGAUGCUAAACCUGGCCCCUGGACGGGGCAGGUCCUUACACAAGUGAUGGAAUGGCAACUCGAACAUCCAGAGCAGACGAAGGAAGAUUGCACAGCAUGGCUAACGCAUGCACAUUCAAUGGGUCUGGUUCGAACCGAUUUCUCUGGAGAACCCCUUCGGAAAAAAGCAAGAACAGCUUGA